AUGAUGCCCUAUACUCAGAAGUGGCACGAGGAACCAAUCCCUCGGCUUACUGUUAUCUAUUUGGGCGCCAUAUGUUUUCUUUAUAUCUCUCUCCGGCUUUGUACCUUUGAUCAAAAUCUACAGGAAAAACUUUUUUUUUCAUUUUCUUUUUUUUCUUUCUUUCUUUCUUUUUUUUCUUUCUUUCUUUUUUUCUUUCUUUUUUUUUUUUCUUUCUUUCUUUUUUUUUUUCUUUUUUUCUUUCUUUCUUUCUUUUUUUCUUUUUUUCUUUCUUUCUUUUUCUUUCUUUUCUUUUUUUUCUUUUUUUUUUUUCUUUCUUUCUUUCUUUCUUUUUUCUUUCUUUUUCUUUUUUUACUUUCUUUUUUUUCUUUUUUCUUUUUUACUUUCUUUCUUUUUUUUUUUUCUUUUUUACUUUCUUUCUUUUUUUCUUUCUUUUUUUUUACUUUCUUUCUUGCUUUUUUACUUUCUUUCUUUUUUACUUUGUUUUUGUUUUCUUUCUUUCUUUUUUUCUUUCUUUUUUCUUUCUUUCUUUUUUACUUUCUUUUUUUUUUUUCUUUCUUUUUUUUUUCUUUCUUUUUUUUUACUUUCUUUCUUUUUUUACUUUCUUUCUUUUUUUACUUUUUUCUUUUUUCUUUCUUUCUUUUUUUUUUACUUUCUUUCUUUUUUUCUUUUUUCUUUUUUUUUCUUUUUUUUUUUUACUUUUCUUUUCUUUUUUUACUUUCUUUCUUUUUUUACUUUCUUUCUUUUUUUACUUUCUUUCUUUUUUUACUUUCUUUCUUUUUUUACUUUCUUUCUUUUUUUACUUUCUUUCUUUUUUUACUUUCUUUCUUUUUUUACUUUCUUUCUUUUUUUACUUUCUUUCUUUUUUUACUUUCUUUCUUUUUGCUUGGGAAAACCCAGCAGAUUUCGUUUGUCAUUAAGAUCGUUUCAAAACACUUCCUUUGCCAUUACACCGCCGCCACCACCACCACUCCACGUCUGCUGUAUUACCAAAUAUGGAACUGUCCACUCCUUUCAACUUCCAUCAAAUUCAUAGGCUUUUUACCGAUUUCUUUCACUUAUGCCAAAUUUUCUUUUCAUCUGUUUUCCCUUUUUUUCUCUCCCUAUUUUCUCCCAUAUAUAUAUAUAACGUGGGUGUGUGUGUGUGUAUUUCUCCCCUGCUCACACCCUGCGCUUAUAUACUCUCACACUCACUCCCCCUCCGUGUACCUUUUUCUCUCUCACUCUCUUUCUAUUCCCACUCGUACUUCCUCAUUCUCUAUUUCUGUUCCUUUCUAUCUCCUCUCACUCUUUCCCUCCCACUCUCUCUGUUCCUCCCCUCCCACUCUCUCUGUUCCUCCCCUCCCACUCUCUCUGUUCCUCCCCUCCCACUCUCUCUGUUCCUCCCCUCCUUCUGUUCCCUCCCUCCCACUCGCUUCCUUUCUUUCUAUUUCUUCUUACUUCCACUCACUCUUUUCACUCUCCAUCAUUUUGUCUCUUUUCACUCCCCUACUCUCUCUUCUCAUUUCCUUUCUCUUCAAAUUAAGCCUUUCAUCUUUCCCCUUCCAACUUUCCGCCACACUCUUGGAUAUUUCUGGGGCACCAUGA